GGCUCGCUGUCUGAUCAAACUGCUUCACAUCUCACAGCAACUACACAACUCUGAGCAUUCAGCAGCUAACAGCACAGACUGGACAAGCAGUGCACAUCCAGAAACAGAAUCCAGACAGAACCAACAGCAAGGAGCCCAGACUAGGGCAGGGAACCAGAACCAACAGCAAGGAGCCCAGACUGGGGCAGGGAACCAGAACCAACAGCAAGGAGCCCAGACUGGGGCAGGGAACCAGAACCAACAGCAAGGAGCCCAGACUGGGGCAGGGAACCAGAACCAACAGCAAGGAGCCCAGACUGGGGCAAGGAACCAGAACUAACAGCAGGGAGCCCAGACUGGGGCAAGGAACCAGAACCAACAGCAAGGAGUCCAGAGAGAGACCAGAACCAUCAGCAAGAAGUCCAGACUGGGGAAGUGGAUCAGAAUCAACAGCAAGAGUCUGGAGCCAGCUACAAGGAGACCAUGGAGAACCCGGACCAGGACCUUUAAGGAGUCCAUAAGAGUCAAUGAGAUAAGAAACAACAAGAAGUCCAGAUACAGACGCAACGUCCAGAACCAACAGAAAAUAGCUAUAUUGAGGGUAUCAAUCAGACAUUAGUUCACAUCCAACAGCAAAGUGUCCAGAACCAACAGCAAGGAGUCCACAUAAAUACUCCAGAACCUGCAGGACCGUAGACUGCCAGGGAGAAGCUUAGCUGCGGUGACCCCACGUCUUUUGGCCACUGGAACCCCUGUUUGGGCAAUCAUCUCUAUCCUACCCUCAGUUCACUUACACCACUUACCCUGAUCUCCGGAAUAAACACUUACCUGCUAAACACUUACCUGCCUUCCAGAUCAAGGUAAGACUCUGGAGCUGAUUCCUAGUCCAAUAAGGAGUGAGGGGGCAGAGAAAACACCAAGUCAGGGCUGGAAGGGGAGUGCAUGCAUUUACACAGAUUUCUGUUUCAAUGAAAACAUUACACGCACCAAACCUUUCCGGACUGAAGGAGUAGUAAACACAGAGAGGUGACGCCCGGAGGAGGAAGCUAUGGGGACAUUUCCAGUGAUUUCACGGUAGGCUGUGUAGAUGUCUCUCUUCCAGGAGACCUCAUUGGAGAUCCAUAGGUCCAACCAACUCUGAAUUUAAUGAUUACCAUUGAGAACCCGUUAGUGGAGAGGGGGGGUGUCUCUUCCAUGGAGUGCCAAAUAGACUGCCAAAAUAAUACCAUGCAGAAUGGCACUGACCUGGCACAGGGGACCUACCCUUACUCCCUUGAGGUGUCUCUUGCCCUCAUCUCCCUUGCUGGCAUGCUCAUGCUUUUCACAGUAUUUGGCAAUGUCCUAGUGGUUAUAGCAGUGUUUACCAGCAGAGCCCUCAAAGCACCCCAAAACCUCUUCCUGGUCUCUCUGGCCUCAGCAGACAUUCUGGUGGCCACUCUAGUCAUCCCCUUUUCUUUGGCCAACGAGGUUAUGGGUUACUGGUACUUUGGGAAGGUAUGGUGUGAGAUCUACUUGGCCUUAGAUGUCCUUUUCUGCACCUCUUCUAUAGUACACCUGUGUGCCAUCAGCCUGGACAGAUUCUGGUCCAUUACCCAAGCCAUUGAGUACAACUUGAAAAGAACCCCUCGCAGGAUAAAAUGUAUAAUUUUCAUUGUGUGGGUGAUAGCUGCUGUUAUCUCCUUCCCACCGCUGAUCACCAUAGAGAAGGAGAGUGGAAAAGAAGAAGACCCCAGGUGUAAAAUCAAUGAUGAGAAGUGGUAUAUAAUCUCCUCUUCCAUCGGUUCCUUCUUUGCCCCUUGUGUCAUCAUGAUCCUGGUGUACACCAGAAUUUAUCAGAUUGCUAAAAAAAGGACCAGGGUCCCACCCAGCAAGAGAAGCAAUGGGGAACCAGAGAAGAAGCAGGAUGGUUGUGAGGAUGGUGACCUACCUGUGAAGUUAAAUGGGGAGAAGGCUGGUGCCACUGUGGACCACAGACACAGAGAAGAAGCCAAUGGAGUGGACUUAGAAGACUCUUCAUCUUCUGACCACCAUGAUGACCAUCAGUAUUCCUGCAGGAAAAAAAAAGACAAACACUCAAGAGGGAAAGGGAAGACCAAGCUCAGCCAGAUCAAACCAGGGGACAGCUUGCCCAUGAGAGAAGAAGACAUGAAUGCCAAAGGGUCCAAGUGGAGAGGAAGGCAGAACAGGGAGAAAAGGUUCACAUUUGUCUUGUCUGUAGUCAUUGGGGUGUUUGUCAUCUGCUGGUUUCCUUUCUUUUUUACAUACACCCUCUCUGCUAUAUGUACGAGCUGUUCACCCCCUGAUACUUUGUUCAAAUUUUUCUUCUGGUUUGGAUACUGUAACAGCUCUUUGAACCCGGUGAUAUACACCAUAUUUAAUCAGGAUUUCAGGAGAUCAUUUAAAAAGAUUUUAUGUAGAGGGGAGAGGAGAAGGAUUGUGUGACGCCCCCAUCAUCCCACCAUCCCUUUGACAUUUUGUAAAAUUGAUUUCUGGGUGAGCUCCAGACUUGUAGACUUGAAGAUAAAAGGAAGCACCCAGUGGGCUAUUUUUGUAAAAGCUGCACCCCAC